AUGCUCAUCUUCAACGCCCUCCUCUGCAUCGCCGUCAUCGGGUGCGGCGGCAAGAAGAAGGAACCGACGCUACCCUCGAAAUCGCCGGGCAAGAAGACGAUCGUCGGCGCGAAGACACCCACAACACCGACAUCCCCGGGCGCCGCCGCCGCCGCUGCCGCUGCAGCUGCCGCCGCCCCGCCCGCCAAGUCGCCCGAGAAGCCCGAGGAGCCGAAGAAGGAGGAGGAGAAAAAGGAGGAAGAAAAGAAGGAAGAGAAGGAGGAGAAGAAGGAAGAGAAAGAAGAGAAGAAGGAGGAGAAAGAGGAGAAGAAGGAGGACGACAAGAAGGAGGAGAAGAAGGACGACAAGAAGAAGGAUGAGAAGAAGAAGGAGGGCAGCAAGAAGGACGGCGAUAAGAAGAAGGCGGAUAACAAGGAAGUCAAGGCGCAAGCGACGCUGAGGCCGGCGGUGCCGUCGGAUAAGAAGGACGCGCCGGGCGGUGGGCUUGUCGAAAACCCGAUCGUCUCGGCGGUCACCGAGGUCCGGCCGACGGUGCUCGAGGUGUUGAAGCCGGAAGAGAAGAAGGAGGAGGAGAAGAAGCCCGACGACAAGAAGGAGGGCAGCAAGAAGAAGGAGACGAGCAAGAAGGAUGACAAGAAGAAGGAAACCAGCAAGAAGGACGACAAAAAGAAGGAGACGAGCAAGAAAGAUGAUAAGAAGAAGGAGACGAGCAAGAAGGACGACAAGAAGAAGGAGGCCAGCAAGAAGGACGAGAAAAAGGACGAAAAGAAGGAGGAAAAGAAGGAUGAUAAGAAGGAUGAUAAGAAGGAAGAGCCGAAGAGCGACGACAAGAAAGACGACAAGAAGGAGGAGGAGAAGAAAGAUGAGAAGAAGCCCGACGAGAAGAAGGAGGGCGACAAAAAGGAGGACAAGGAGGAGCCGAAGAGCGACGACAAGAAGAAGGAGGAGGAGCCGAAGAAGGAGGAGGAGAAGAAGGAGGGUGACAAGAAGGAUGAGAAAGACGAGAAGAAGGACGAGAAAAAGGAAGAGGAAAAGAAGGAGGAGAAGAAGGAG